UUGGGAUUUCAAAUAUAAAAAGUGAGCAAAAGUUUUUUCAUUAUUCUCCCUCAAAUUCUCUUUAAAAUUCGAAUCGUCAAAGCCCAGUCGCCUGGCCAAAAACCUGCUGUGUGAGUGAAAGUGCUAUCAGUGGUAGCCGGAACGUUAAACAAUUUGCUAGCUUUUAGUGGUUAGUGUUAGAAAGAGGUGAAAGUUCAACGAGUUGUAAAUUUUAAACGAAAAUAAUAAUAACAAACAUGGCACCACCAAAGACUUCCAAAGCUGCCGCAAAGGAACAAAGUUUAGCCAUAAAGGGUUAUCUAUUCCUCUACAAUGCCGUACAAGUUGUGGGCUGGUGUUAUAUACUCUAUCAAUUGGCCAACUACUAUCUCAUACAGGGAGCUGAAUUUAGAGCCAGCAUUAGUUUGUGGGACUAUACACGUUGGGCUGUCAUUGUAUUCCAAAAUGCUGCUUUUGUAGAGAUUAUUAAUGCUGCCUGUGGUUUUGUUAAAUCAAAUCCGGUUAUUACCACCUUUCAGGUAUUGAGUCGCAUGAUGGUGGUAGUGGGUGUAGUAAUGGCUACACCUACUGGUAAAGUAUCGCCCGGAUUACCUAUUGCCCUGUUGGCCUGGUCUAUAACGGAAAUUAUACGCUAUGGCUAUUACGCCUUGAAUAUUAUUAAAUUUGUGCCUCAUGUUUUGGUUUUCUUGCGUUAUACGACUUUUAUUGCUUUGUAUCCCAUUGGUGUGACCGGUGAAUUGUUGUGCUUCUGGUGGGCUCAAGGUUAUGCCAAAAAUAAUCCCAGUUUGUGGUCAAUUGAAAUGCCUAACAUCUAUAAUGCCACCUUCUCAUAUUUUGUACUUCUGUGGAUUGUCAUGUUGCUGUAUAUUCCACUCUUCCCCCAAAUGUAUUUGCAUAUGUUUGCUCAGCGUCGCAAGAUCUUGGGAGGUGCCAACAGCAGCAGCAGCAAAUCAUCAACAAAAAAAGUUAAUUAAAUAUUGCUUUAUUCCAAAUUUGUAUAACAUUCAUUUAUAAUUUAUGUUUUUUUUUGUUAUUUUGCAAUCUUUUUAUCUUCUUCACCUAUACGUAAUUGGAACAAAAGCAAAAAAUAAUAUUAGGAAAUUUUUAAAUUUCUUUUCACAUUUUUCGUUUCAACCUUUGGAUAUUCAUUAAUUAGAAAUUCAUUAUUAAUUUAAAGGUUAUUCAAUGCAUUUGUAUUGUUACGACGAAUUGUAUGUAAAAUCAAAGGUUUUCGAAUAUUCCAUAUUAGUUGUGUGUGUGUGUAUGUGUUAUAAUUUUACCUACUUUUGUAUAGGUAAAUUAUUUUACAUUUGUUUUUAGAUUUCUUUUAUAAUUUGUUAAAAAUGAUUUGUUUGCUUAAGACAUAUUUACACUUUAAUACUGGAUGUAUUAUUAGUUUAGUUUGUAAGUUAACAAAUUUUGUGGCUGGAUGUAAUAUUUUUUUAAAUAAAUACUAUAUUUUUUUUUGUAAUGAAA